AUGACGGGAAAAGAACAUCCUCCACAGUUGUCGUCCGUGCCUUCUUUGGAAUUCCACGAAGAAAUCGUGUCCGAAUUACUCUCGAAAGACGGCAUCGCGGUCCUCGCGGAAGGGUUAGGUGUAGCCACGGUUUUGGCGAUGACGAUAAAAAAGUCGCACGAAGAAGCGACGAGGACAGAGACGAGGAGGAAAGAGAAGAUGCGUUUGUUUGAGGAGGAAAAGAAGGAGACGAUUGGAGAGGCGUUUGUGCUUCCUGCUGCUGCUGCUAAAACUGCGACGACGACGCAGACGACGAUGCAGACGACGACAUCGAAGAAAGAAGAAGAAGAAGACAAUACUAAUAACAAUAUAGUGAAACCGAAAGUGGUUGUCAUAGUUGGCGCGUCGGAAACGUUACGAACGGCGACGAUUCGAGAAUACGAACGGUUGUAUCCGGAAGUCGCGCACGCGCCUUUAGACGUCACCGCGGACGUCUCGAUGGCGAUUCGGGCGAGGAAUUACGCCAUAGGAACGCCGUGUUUUGUCACGAGUAGGAUAUUUGCGGUAGAUUUGUUGGCGAAUAGGUUACCGGCGGAGAAUGUGGCCGGGAUGAUUGUCGCGAACGCGCACUCGGUGGAAGAUAUUUCUGGCGAAGGUUUUUGCGCCAGAUUGUUUCGCGAAAAGAACAGAAGAGGUUUUAUGCGAGGUUUGACCGAUCGCCCGUACGACGCGUCGAAAGCGUUUGAAGGCGUGGAGAGGUCCAUGAAGUCGUUGUUUGUGAGGAACGUGACGUUUUGGCCUCGGUUUCGGAUGAACGUGAAGAGCUGUUUAGACCCGCACGAACCGAACGUCGUCGAGUUGCGACAAGAGAUGACGGAGGAUAUGAAAAAGAUUCAAGAAGCUAUCGUGCAGGUGAUGGAUCAGUGCAUGAAAGAGUUGCGGAAGAGCGAUUUCGUGGACGUGGCGGAGUUGACGGUACAAUCUGGUCUGUUCAAAUCGUUCGACGCGACGAUUUCGAGACAGUUGGAGCCGAUGUGGAACAUCGUUCCGAGGAAGACGAAACAGUUGGUGAGGGAUUUACGAACGUUGCGACGGUUAGCCGAUUUAGUGUUAAAAAUAGACGCGGUAUCGUUUCUAAAACAUUGCGAAAUGUUGAAAGUCACCGAAAGGUAUGACUCGUAUUGGAUGUUUUCGGAUGCGGCUGGGGAGAUUUUCAAACGAGCGAAAGACCGCGUCUAUCGAUUAAAGAGGAAACCAAUUGAAAUUUCCAAGCAGAAGAAAGAAGAGCUGAGAGCGUUGAACAUUAAAGACGAGAAGAAGUACGAGACGAGUGUUGUCCCAACGUUUGAACCGAUGCCGAAGUGGAUGUUACUGGAGGAAGUCAUUCAGGAGAUUCGCGAAGAUGCCUCGGAUAGAAAGUUGCCGAAGGACGAUCAGAGGAUCGUCGUUGCGGCGAAAGACGAGGCAGCGGUGAGAGUGUUGGAGAUGUUGUUAGUGCACGGAUCGGAAAAGGUUUCGAACGCAAAGUGGGAAGACUUUUUGAAGUCGAGAGUAGGAAGAGCGUCCACGGCGGCGAAAGUGCAGGAACAACAGCUUCAGCAACAACACGCUGGAGGACGAGGUCGCGGCGGCGGCAGAGGCGGGAAUUUUUACUCCGCGUCGUACGGUCGAGGCAGAGGCGGAGUAAGAGGCGGACGAGGUUCUGGACCUGGAAUCGGUCGAGGCGGGCGCGUCAUGGGGUAUAACAACGCCCAAGGGCUAGCCGGUGGAUUCUCCAUGCCUGCGGACGAGCGAGACGCGCUGGCGAAAGAAGCCUUGAGGCGCGCCAAGGAGAAGAAACAGAAGAGAAAGGUAGAGCGCCUAGCCGCACGUCCGGACAUCGACCCUUCUUCGUUAAACUCUACGGAAGAACAGAACGACGAUGAAAGCGAUGCAAAAGUAAAGAAGACAACGAAGAAGGGAAACGAUGAAGACAACGAAGAAGACGAAGAAGACGAAGUCGCGCUCGCCUCGCAGAAGAAUCGUAAAGAGGGCAUUUACUUCGUUCCCAUCGACGCGCGCGACCCAUCGCAGUUAGCCAUCUACGCACCAAGCUACGUCAUCGUGUACGACCCAGACGCUGCCUUUAUUCGCGAACUCGAGGUCUUUGCCGCGUCUCGACCGCAGAGGAAACUGACCGUCUACUUCUUAAUGCACGAUAACUCGACGGAAGAGGAGAAAUAUCUCGCCGCGAUUAAACGCGAAACGGCGGCGUUCGAGCGCUUGUUCAUGAUGAAACAACACAUGGCCGUGCCAGAAGAACAAGAAGGCCGCUUGUACGAACUCGGCGAAGAGGAAGAAAAGGAAGAAAAGGAAGAGCGGCAAACGAGCACGAACCCAAUGCAGUUGGCGCUUUAUAAAGAGCGACAGAUGAAACUCAAAAAACCGUUGUUUGCAAACGACGCUUUAGAUUUGAAAAAGAAGAUGGAAGACGAUGCCGUGUCGACGCGCAAAGCAGGCGGAAGAGUCAUGAAACGACUGACUUUACUCCACGUCGUCGUCGAUAUUCGCGAGUUCAUGUCCACGUUGCCGGCGGUUUUACACCAGUGCGGAUACACUCUUCUACCGUGCACGCUCGAGGUUGGCGAUUACGUGUUAUCUCCGGACAUAUGCGUUGAAAGAAAAGCUAUUCCAGAUUUAGUCCAAUCGCUGAAAUCCGGUCGUUUAUACACGCAAGCCGAAGCGAUGUGUAAACACUACAAGACGGCAAUUUUGUUGAUUGAAUUCGACAAAGAUCGUUCGUUCGCGUUGCAACCAAAAGGCGAAAUUCCCGCACAAAUCAAUCCGGAUUCUUUGCAGACUAAGUUGACGUUGCUCAUACUUAAGUUUCCAAAGUUGCGCAUCAUUUGGUCGCCAAACCAACGAUUCACGGCGCGAGUAUUUGCGGGAUUGAAAAAAGUCGAAGACGAACCAACCAUCGAGAAAGCGACGCGAGUGGGCGUGCCGGACGAUUUUGCAAAAACCGCGGACGGCGAGGACGACGAUCAAAACGUCGACGAACGCGGUUUUAACAAAAAUGGCAUCAAUCAAGCCGCGGUCAACUUUUUGCGUAAACUUCCAGGAGUUACGUCCGGUAACUAUCGCAACGUCAUGCGCCACUGUCGCAACAUCCAAGAAAUUGGCGAUAAAACGAUGGAAGAGUUACAAACCAUUUUAGGCGAUAAACGACGCGGGAAACUUCUCUACGAUUUCCUUCGCUACGACUUAACGCAAUUCCACGACUCGCCAGAUUUACCGAAAUCGAGAGAAGUGACGCACGAGAUGCGACAGAAAAUCGUUGAGAUCGGCGAAAGGGAGAGGAGAGAACGGUUGGAGGCGUGGAAAAAAGAACGCGAAGCGGCGGAGGUGAAAGCGAACGUCUCCAAGGCUGAAUUAGAAACGUUAGAUUAG